UUUAUGUGGUGAUUAUGGCUUCAUCAAUGAGUGGAUCUACUUUACCUCUGAUAUUGUCGCUGACAAUAUGCCUCUAAAAGUUGGACAAAAAGUUGUGGCACUUAUGGAAGGAGGUGAAAUAUUUCAAGAAUUGAAAGCAGUCAAAGUACAAGUUCUUCCUGAUAAUAUUGAUGACUUGGAACCAUCAUACCUUGAAACCAGAGUUAUGAAGGCUUAUGUUACCGCUGUAAGUGCAAACACUGUCUACAUUGAUGAAGAAAUUUAUUUCUCCCUUGACAUUGUUUCUGAAGAUUUUAUGCCUUACAAGGGUGACUGGGUAGAAGUUGAGUAUUCCUGCCUUCCUGGUCCAUAUAACAUCAAGGUGCACUCAGCAAAGCCCUUAUUCUGUAAGCAUCUGGAGGAGGUCUGCAUCACCAGCCUAUAUGGAAGAAAUGGGGUGAUAGACAAUAGUAUCUUCUUCACCUUGGAUUCUCUGAAAAUUCCUGAUGGAUAUAGUCCCCAAAAAUAUGACAUUGUUGAUGUUGUUAUAGUUGGGAGUAUUCAGUCAUGCUAUAUUUGGAGAGCAAUGUCUAUGAACCCAGUGCCAAAUUAGUUAUAGAAAUAUCUUGUUCCCCGUUCAUGAGUUUUCUAUGAGCAAUAUAUCCUCUUUUAAUUGAAAACUUAGGUUAGUAAUCAUAAGCAAAAUUUAGGUACGACUCCAUGGUGAAUUCAAUUAAGAUACCAGACACUUCUAAAGAGACAAACAACCCACUCUGGAGGAUUACAUUGUCCAUUCAGAAACUAACGCUGCCUCGUUACUGAAAGAAAUGACUCUGAAAUGAAAUUAAAAUUCCUUGUUUUCCAUGGCAAGAAGUGGAUUCUGUGGGAGCACAGAUAUGGGAUGGCCCUGAAUGAGGUAUCAAAAUCAUAAUCUUAUUCUCCAGAGGCAGCUGGGCCAGCAUGUUGAUGCUGUGAUUUAUAGUUACAUAUUGCUUUCAAUUUUGAGUCUCCCUUAAAUUUUCUAUUAUAGGUUAAUUUUUUUCUUUUAUAGUAUUUAUCAAUUGUUAUCACCUAAUGUUUGGUGUAUUUCUUAUUUACCUGUGUUCCUUCUUGUCCAUGAUAAUAUGUAAACUCCAGAAAGUGAGGGUGUUUUUUAGUAUGUUUUUUCAUUAGCACAUCACCACACACUUCAAAUAGUACUGGCACAACUAUGGUCAGGGUAAAUGCUAUGAAAUUUAAUAAAUGUAUGAUGUGAC